AAUCAUUCAAUCCAAUUAAAGGGAGAUAGACAGAAUUAGUAAUAAUGGAAAGAGAGUUAGUUGAAGAUAUUGUGAUUGUGGGGGCUGGAAUUGCUGGCCUCACAACAUCCUUAGGACUUCACAGGUUGGGUAUCCCAAGUUUGGUGUUGGAAUCCUCGGACACUUUGAGGGUCACUGGCUUUGCUUUGUCCAUAUGGCAAAAUGCUUGGAAAGCUUUGGAUGCUGUCGGUGUUGGAGACAGUCUCCGUCGCCAACAUCUCCGGCUCAAUGGGAUUGUCGCCACUUCGUUGGUUACAGGUCAACAAACAGCAGCCAUACCUUUCAGAGAACCAGGAAAUCGGAAAGAUAUCGAAAUUCGUUGUGUUAAAAGGAAGUCGUUAUUGGAAGCUCUUGUCAAUGAGCUUCCAACAGGCUCCAUCAGAUAUUCGUCAAAAGUUGUUGGUAUUGAAGAAUCUGGCUUCUAUAAGAUAAUCCAUCUUGCUGAUGGGACAAUCAUCAAAACCAAGGUGUUGAUUGGGUGUGAUGGAGUGAACUCCAUGGUGGCAAAGUGGCUAGGCUUCAAGAAGGCCUCUUUUACUGGGAGAUAUGGAAUCAGAGGUUGUGCAGAGGUCAACAGCAGUCACGGGUUAGAGCCAAAGUUCAUGCAGUAUUUUGGAAAAGGUUUUAGAGCUGGUGUUAUUCCUUGUGAUGAGAAGACCGUUUACUGGUUUUUCACUUGGAAACCAACCAGCCAAGUAGAGAAAGAGCUAAAAGAGAACCCUGCCAAAAUGAAAGAGUAUGUGUUGAAGAAGCUUGAAAAUAUGGCAAGUGAUGUUAGAUACUACAUAGAAAAAACUGAAGAGGAUGGCUUCCUAUUAGCUCCAUUGAGAUAUAGGAAUCCCUGGGAGGUGAUGAUGGGGAAUAUUAGCAGAGGCAAUGUUUGUGUUGGUGGAGAUGCUUUCCACCCAAUGACUCCAGACCUUGGUCAAGGAGGGUGUUGUGCAUUGGAAGAUGGGGUUGUUUUAGCAAGGUGUCUGGCUGAGGCAUUCUCCAAAGAGGCAAGAAAAGAUGGGAAAGAGGAACAACAGAAAAGGAUUGAAGAAAGCUUGAAGAAAUAUGCAAAGGAGAGAAGAUGGAGAAGCAUUGAUGUCAUUGGUACAGCUUAUGUGGUGGGUUCUAUUCAGCAAGCUGAGUCCAAUCUGGUUAGCUUUUUAAGGGACAAGAUUUUGGCUCCAUUUUUAGCCAUUCAAUUGUUCAAAAAGUCAGCUUAUGAUUGUGGGAAACUAAUUGAUUCUUAGGUCAGAUGGAAGAUAUCAAGUGAAUUUGAUUGAGGUAAUGGAAUAAAUUUGAUUGUGUAUUAACAUA